AUGGCAAAUGAAUAUGCUAACAAUCCUUAUUUUCUUCCUGGGAAUGAAAAUCCAGGGUUUGUUCUUACUUCUCAACCUCUCACAAGUUUAGAAAAUUAUACGAGUUGGGCUAGAUCUGUGUUCUUGGCUUUGAGUUCUAGUAACAAGUUUGGAUUUGUGAAUGGCUCAAUCACAGAACUAGAUCCUUUUUCUCCAUUAUUCAAUUAUUGGAGUCGCUGCAAUACUACAAUUCUUUCUUGGCUAAUCAAUUCUCUGAGUAUGGAAUUGAAAGCUAGUGUGAUGUAUACCAAUAAUGCAAAGGAUUUGUGGUUUGAUCUUAAGGAUAGACAUUCACAGGGUAAUACACCACGAUUGUUUGAACUUGGAAAAAAAAAUCGCUCAUUUUUCACAAGAUCCAAGGCUUCUAAGUUGGAUGCCCAGCACAAGGAACAUGUUUUCAGGCUUUUGAUGGGCUUAAAUGAUAGUUAUAGCAAUCUUAUUGGUCAAACUUGUUAA